UUUUAAAUGAUAAAAACAAGCUGGAAUAAAGAGAGAGGAAGGCUAAUUGCAUCGUGGAGAAAAAGAAGGGAAAAAGAUUUCACUGAAAACGAUGCAUACUGAGUUCUCAGUUGACGAUUUCUCGGACUCCUUUUGGGCGGCUCCGCCGGGGAUGAGCCGAAGCCAAUCGGAGUGGGCUUUUGACAAUUUUAUUGAAGAGUUUUCUGGUUCGGGCGGGGCGAUCCCAGUGUCGCGUUCGGGCGAGAGUGUGAUCGGUCCAUCCUUGGCGGAACCUCGGCCGUCCGUUUCGAAAUCUGAAGAAGCCGAUGGUGAAGGUGACGUGGUGGAGAUCAAAAGACCUGGUAAUCAGAAUCAUAACAGUCCGCCGUCCGAUCUGGCACCGACGUUCUCGAUUGACUCGGAUGAGUACCGCGCGAUCCUCAAGGACAAGCUCCAUCAAGCCUGCGCAGCUGUUGCUCUCUCUCGUGCAUCAUCUGUGAAGGCAGAAGUUUUCUCUGCGCAAGCUGAAGAUCAAGCGCUUCAAUCGAGAUCCCAAGUUCAAGGUUCCUCAAAGGCUCAAGGACAGGGUGAACUAGAUGCUACACCUAGUGAAGUCUUGGCUAUGUCUACUACACAAACAAAAUCAAAGGUACAAAUGAGGCAAACAACAAGUGUGUCAUCAGGAGAAGAUUCAGAUGAUGAUGAACUCAGAGAUACUGAAACUACUGAUAACAUGGAUCCGGCUGAUGCAAAACGUGCAAGGAGAAUGCGGUCAAAUCGAGAAUCAGCUAGACGCUCAAGGAGAAGAAAGCAAGCACAUAUGAAUGAACUUGAAGCGCAGGUUGGCCAACUAAGAGUUGAACAUUCUACAUUACUCAAGAGUCUCACUGACACGAAUCACAAGUAUGAUGAAGCUGCUGUGGACAAUAGAAUUCUGAAGGCUGAUAUCGAAACAUUAAGAGCAAAGGUAAAAAUGGCUGAAGAAACAGUUAAGCGGGUGACGGGGAUUAACUUUAACUCUGGUCUUCUAUCUAGGCACAAUGUAGCAAGUGUUGGCAUGCCUUUUGUUAGCAGCCCAUUGGAAACAUCUUCAACUGCUCCUGUUCCAUUGCAGCCAAACACUAAUCAGUUUUUUCACCAACCAGUUCCCUUGCAUCAUCAGAGAAUGGAAAACGGUUUCAUGGGGAACACCAUGGUUCCUCCUAUCGUGAAUUCACGAACCGAGGGAGUGAAACAUGUCAAUGAAACAUCUGCAUUGCAGCACACACCCAGGUCGGAGCGCGUUCAAGAUCAGAUCGGCCCUGGUGUCAGUCAGCGUAUGUCUGGGUGGGAGCCUCAACAACAUGCAGCUGCUAAGAACAAGAAGCAAAAUUGAAGGUUGGUGGUGUCCUUCCCGUCCUGUUUUCUGAGAUGGGGUUCAAGAAGCAUAGCUGGUGGUGGUGGUGUAGUGUUAGUUAAAAAACCAGUGACUAAAUUUUUGUAUUUAACAUCUUGUCAUCAUAACAUCGACUUAGUUAUCAGUCCAGACAGUGAACUUUAUUUUGGUAAAUUAUUAUGUAUGAAAAUCAUAUUAAGUUCAUACUCCA